AUUAUUCUCUCUCUCUUGUCCACACGCUUCUCUCUCAACCAUUUCCAGACCCUUCUCUUUUCGAUCGAUCUCUCUCUCAAUUUUUUCCAGCUAGCUCCUUUCACCUUCACCUUCAUUUUCCUUCUUCUCAUCAUUGUUUUGUCUUUUUCUGGUCUUCUUUUCCAGCUUCAUUGAACCAUGCUUCAUAAUUCCUCACCUUGAUCCAUCCUUUUCAAACAUCCUCUAAACUGAUCCAAUUUCUCGCAGAAUUCGAACAAGAGAUUGAUUCUUACAUUUCUCUGUUCGAAUUCUUCAAACGCUACCUACCUUCUCAUUUUCAAAUUAAAUUCACUAAUUCUUCUUAAUGCUGCUAUCAACCUCUUUGAGAUUCCUUUGUUGAUGAGAUCAGAAGGUUCUUAAUAUGGACAGCUCAGAAACAUAAGUUUGGAUCAUUAUUAUUACUACCACUGGACUUUGAAAUUUGGCUACUCAACAAUAAUCUGAAUUUCUGUUAAAUCUUGUUUUGAAAAAUUUGUUUAUUUUUGGAGAGUGGACGACAACAUGGCUAUUGAACUUGCUCUUAUUGCUUCGAAGUUACAAAAUUUAUCUACUUCUGAUCAUGCCUCCGUGGUUUCCAUGAACUUGUUUGUGGCACUUCUAUGUGCUUGUAUUGUGCUUGGCCAUCUUCUCGAGGAGAAUCGGUGGAUGAAUGAGUCCAUCACUGCCCUUUUGAUUGGUAUUUGCACUGGUGUAUUCAUUUUGCUGCUAAGUGGUGGAAAAAGCUCGCAUAUUCUUGUUUUCAGUGAAGAUCUUUUCUUUAUAUACCUUCUGCCACCUAUAAUAUUCAAUGCCGGGUUUCAGGUGAAAAAGAAGCAGUUCUUUGUCAACUUCAUGACUAUCACGUCGUUUGGUGCUAUUGGUACACUAAUAUCUUGCUGCGUCAUAACUUUGGGUGCUACCCAAGCGUUUAAGAGGAUGGAUAUUGGGCCACUGGAAUUGGGCGAUUACCUAGCAAUUGGAGCAAUAUUUGCCGCGACAGAUUCUGUUUGUACAUUGCAGGUGCUAAAUCAAGACGAGACGCCUUUGUUGUAUAGUCUUGUGUUUGGGGAAGGUGUUGUGAAUGAUGCUACCUCAGUGGUGCUUUUCAAUGCUAUCCAAAGCUUUGAUCUCAACCAGCUUAACCCGUCAAUUGCUUUGCACUUUUUGGGGAACUUCUUCUAUUUGUUUAUAGCAAGCACCCUCCUCGGCGUUUUGACAGGUCUGCUCAGUGCUUACGUUAUUAAAAAGCUCUACAUUGGCAGGCACUCUACAGAUCGUGAGGUUGCACUUAUGAUGCUAAUGGCAUACCUCUCCUAUAUGCUGGCUGAGUUAUUCUAUCUGAGUGGCAUUCUCACCGUAUUCUUUUGCGGUAUUGUCAUGUCUCAUUAUACUUGGCAUAAUGUGACUGAGAGCUCAAGAGUCACUACCAAGCAUUCUUUUGCUACCUUGUCAUUUGUUGCCGAGAUCUUUAUCUUCCUUUAUGUUGGUAUGGAUGCCCUGGACAUUGAAAAAUGGAAGUUUGUUAGUGAUAGUCCUGGAACAUCUAUAGCAACAAGUUCAGUAUUGUUGGGUUUAAUACUCCUUGGAAGAGCAGCGUUUGUUUUCCCCUUAUCCUACUUAUCCAACUUGACUAAAAAAUCACAAUAUCAGAAGAUCUCCUUCAGACAGCAAGUGAUCAUUUGGUGGGCCGGUCUUAUGAGAGGCGCUGUUUCAAUGGCGCUCGCGUACAAUCAGUUUACAAUGUCGGGGCACACUCAACUGCGCAGCAAUGCAAUCAUGAUCACCAGCACCAUCACAGUUGUCCUUUUCAGCACAGUGGUAUUCGGUUUGCUGACCAAGCCACUCAUAAGGCUUCUACUACCUCAUUCUAAAGUCACAACCAGCAUGACAACCACGGAAACAUCAACUCCAAAAUCAUUCAUUGUCCCACUUCUAGGAAACGCCCGAGAUUCUGAAGCUGAUCUUGAAGGCCAUGAGAUUCACCGUCCAAACAGCCUCCGCGCCUUACUAGCCACUCCAACUCACACUGUUCAUCGACUAUGGCGAAAGUUCGAUGAUUCAUUCAUGCGUCCCGUUUUCGGUGGCAGGGGUUUUGUUCCCGUAGAACCCGGCUCACCUAGCGAACGCAAUGGUAAUAGUCAUUGGUAAAUAUUCAAUGGCUCAACUAGCUGAUGUGAAAUGUGUUGUAUACUAUUUAUGAUUUGUGGAAAGUCAAGCAAUGUGUGUAUAAUGUAUGUAUGCAUAAAAACAUGGUAGUGAAGUUUUGUUAAGGUGUUCGAGUAGCUAGUACGGAUAGGCCUUGUACCACAAGCCAUCUUUGUCUCUUUUGUAAACUACAAUACUUUUAGAUUCUAUGAGCCACUACGUGUUUGUGUAUGUGUUGGUUUUUUUGUGUGUGCAGCUUGUCUGCAAUGAACCAAAUAAACAUCUAGCAUUUUUUUGUUAUUUUAUUAAUGGAUUGAGUUGAA